AUGAAAGCUGUCCUGCAACGAGUCAAAUCGGCAUCGGUCACUGUCGACAAACAGCUCGUCUCUUCCAUCGGCAAGGGUCUCCUCGUCUUUGCCGCGGUCGGCCCCGAAGACACUCAGAAAGAUGCAGAGUCCCUGGCAGCGAAGGUGCUGAAGCUGAAGAUAUGGCCUGAUGAUGCCGGAGGAACGUGGAAGAAAAGCGUACAAGAUAUAAAGGGCGAAGUUCUAUGCGUAUCCCAAUUCACGCUCCACGCCCAAAUAAAACGAGGAAACAAACCCGACUUCCACCGCGCAGCCGAUGCAACAAAAGCGAAAGAGCUGUACGACUACUUCUACAGCAAAGUGAGCGAGAUGUACGAGGCAGACCGCGUCAAGAACGGCGUCUUCCAGGCGAUGAUGGAUGUGGGGCUGGUGAACGACGGACCGGUUACCAUUCAAAUCGACACGACGUUGCCUAAGCGGGAGCAGAAGACGGAUGGGAAUGGGAAUGGAGACAGUAACAACGAGAAAGUGAAUGGAACUGCAAAGGGACCUGGAGAGGAUGCAGCGAAGAAAGAUUCCGUUGGGAGACAGCUCUAUGAAUUCAAGCUGCCGGCGUCAUUGUUGGAGUGA